AUGGGACAAACUACCCAGGCCUCUCCGGCCCUGCACUCCGCUUUGAAGGACAUACACAACGUCCCCAACUCUUCUGCAGCGCGUAAAGUAUCCCAGCACAACGCUCUAGACGUCACAGACCUGCUAAAAAGGCGGAUGCUGGCCCCCAAGCUGCGCUGCACGGCUGAGGAGGCUGGCGUGCGCGUGGAGGUUCCCCCGCCCGACGCCGCCGCCACGGAGGACCACCUGCAGUCCAACCCGGUGUACUCCCCCGCCAACUCCAGCCUGGCCCACGCUGCCUCCCGCCUGGCAGCCCUGCGUGCCUCCCGCCAGGCCGCACCACCCGCCAGCCCCCACAGGCAGCGCCAGUCCACGCGCGUGGCGGUGCAGCGCUACGGCGAGUGGUUCACGGGGGACGACCAGGAACUGGACCGGAAGCUGGCAGACUACAACCUGGACGUGGCCGCCGGCAGCCCCAUGGCAGAGGUGCAGCAGGCAAGGCGCGCCGCGCGGCGCGAGUCCUGGAUUGCUCGCACCCAGACCUACGCAGGCUCCUCUGGGGCCUCGCGCGGAGGGGAUGAUGUAGCUGGCCAGGUGGCAGACGUCGCUGCCCAGCUGUGCGCCCAGCUGGACCAGCUGGUGCCCGAGCAAGAGGCCGCGGAGGAUAGCGCGGCGCCGAGGAUGUCCCUCCGAGAGCAGCUGCAGGCGUCCUGGAACGGCAAGACCUACUAUGAGCGCCUGGCGGCCAUGACCAGCGAGGACGCGGCCGAGCUCGAGCCACCGCGUUCAGAGGCAGUGCCGGCGAGCGACGUGCGCCCGGCGGAAGCCCGGUCGGCGGCUGCAACGGAGAUCAGACGGGAGGGGCACGCCAUGCCUGCCUCCCCAGCCCCCCAUGCUCGCCCUGCGACCGACGGCGCCAGGUCGGGCGGGGUAUCGUCGCCCAUGCCCGACUCCAAGACGCCCGGCCGCGCCCGCAGGCUCUCCACCUUCAACGACCUGACCGAGGGGCUGAAGGCACUGCGCGUGUCCGGCGCCGCCCGCGCCCGGCGCAGCAGCCUGGGCGGCCUGGUCAAGGCGCUCACCCCCACGCGUGCGAAGGAGGGCGUCCCCACGAACCCCGUCAGGGCGCCGCCCCGCCCGGCGCCGGCCUCCCCGGCCCGCAGCAGACCGGCGCCAGCCUCUCCGGCGCACCUCUCCAAGGCCCCCGCCUCCCGUCUGGUGGCACCCAGCCCCAGUGCGGGGCAGCGGACCCCGGCGCGGACCUCGCGCUUUGCAGAGGAGGGGCGUGAGUUCGGGCCCCCCGUGACGGAGGAGCUGGCGGCGGCCAGCGCCGCCUCCGUGCUGAGGGUGUCGGAGCGGGCUGCUGAGCUGGCAGAUCGCCUGGAAGCAGCAGAGUCGCAGCUCAGCGUGCUGCUGCGCGCCGCCAGCAGCCUGCAGGCGGUGGUCAAGGAGGCGACAGCCGAGCUGGAGGAGGUCCGGGGCAUGCUGGCCUGCGCUGUGAUGGGGGUGCCGGGGUCAAGAGACGGGCCCGGCCAGCAGGCAGGCGGCCUUCCCCCGCGGAACCCCGCUGGACGGAGGGCGGGGAAGGGCGGGGGCUGGCGCUGA